UUUAGGCGGUUCAUCCACGUGACCGGAUAUACUUGCAAUGUAGCAGGAAACAUUUGCCCGUAGUGAGAGGGGAGUGGAGAGAGGAGUGAGGAAGCGGGGAGGCCGUGAAAAGCUGCCGUCACCUAACACAUAGCCAAUGUUUUUACGGAUGGGGUAUGGCAUGCCUGACUUUACCAAUUCACCUGUCGCACCACUUGACAAGCCGCAAGAGACCUGGAUGUGUGAGGCAUCAUGAGCGUGAAGGCCUUUGAGCUGGUGCCCGUGGUGGAGCGUGAGCUCCUGACUGGGGACAAGGCACGCAUCAACAUCGAGUGCCUGGAGUGCUGUGGCAAGUACCUGUACGUGGGCACCAACGACUGCUUCAUCCACCACUUCCUCCUGGAGGAGCAGACCAUAGCCAAAGGCAGCGUGGUCUACCUGUCUCAGAAGCUCCAGCAGAAACACCUGGGACUGAAGAAAGCUGUGUCUGAGCUGAAGGCUGCCUCCGCGCUCGAGCGCCUCAUCGUGCUCUGCGAUGCCACCAUCUACGUCCAUGACAUGCUCUCCUUGGAGGUGGUGCCGUCGGGCAGCGCCAAGAUCAAGGGCGUGCUGUCCUUCUGCGUCAACGAGAACCCGGUGAGCGCCGACCCCUUCUGCGUGGAGCUGGGCGUGAUCUCGUCCCGGCGCCGAGCGGUGCAGAUCUACACGGUGCACGAGGACCGCGUGCAGCUGGUGAAGGAGCUCGGCACGCCGCAGCAGCCCUGCGCCCUCAGCCUGGACGGCUACUUCCUGUGCCUGGCGCUCACGUCGCAGUACAUGAUCCUCAACUACAGUACAGGCGCCUCGCAAGACCUGUUCCCCUACGACAGCGAGGAGCGCAAGCCCAUCAUCAAGAGGAUCGGCCGGGAGGAGUUUCUCCUAGCAGCCCCUGGAGGACUGGGUAUGUUUGCCAAUGCAGAGGGGAUGUCCCAGCGUGCCCCAGUGAACUGGUCUGAGGAUGUGGUUGGGGCAGCGGUGUGCUUCCCCUACGUGGUGGCCCUGGAUGAAGGCUUCGUGACGGUACACAGCAUGCUGGACCAGCAGCUCAAGCAGACCCUCUCAUUCAGGGAUGGACACAUACUGCAGGACUUUGAAGGCAAGCUGGUGUUGGCUUCCACAAAAGCAGUCUACAUGUUGGUGCCAUUACCUCUGGAGAGACAGAUCCAGGACCUGCUGGCUGGGAACAGAGUGGAUGAGGCACUUACUCUAACAGAGGGAGCGCGGCGAAACAUACCCAAAGACAGGUUCCAGAUUUUGCACAAAAGAAUUCUACAGCAAGCAGGAUUCAUCCAGUUUGGACAGCUUCAGUUUUUAGAAGCAAAAGAACAUUUUAGAAAAGGUCAGCUUGAUGUGCGGGAGCUCAUCUCUCUGUACCCGCUGCUGCUGCCCGCCUCCUCCUCAUUCGCCCGCUGCCAUCCGCCGCUGCACCCGUUUGCUGACCUCAACCAGCUGACGCAGGGCGACCAGGAGAAGGUCCAGCGCUGCAAGCGCUUCCUCAUCAGCUACCUGCACGAGGAGCGCAGCAGCGAGGGCCAGAACGGCGUCCGCGAGGAGGUGGACACGGCCCUGCUCAAGCUCUACGCCGAGGCCGACCACGAGAGCCUGCUGGACCUGCUGGCCUCCGACAAUGCAUGUCUGCUUGCAGACAGCGCCCCCUGGCUAGAGAAACACCACAAAUACUUUGCACUCGGGCUUCUGUAUCACUAUAAUGGCCAGGAUGCUUCAGCUGUACAGUGGUGGGUGCGGGUUGUGGACGGUGACCUGCAGGACCCCACCCGCUCAGACCUGUUUGAGUAUGUGGUGGACUUCCUAAGCUUCUGCCCCAACCUGGAUCUGGUCUGGAAGCAUGCUGACUGGGCCCUGAAGAGAGAGCAGAAGAUAGGGGCCCAGAUAUUCACCAAGAGGCCAGUGGACGGGGACCAGGGAAGUAAGAUGAACCCAGAGGACGUGGUCACAUACCUGCAGAAGCACAGUCACGCUCUCGUCCUCUACCUGGAGCACCUGGUGCUGGACCAGCACGUACAGAAGGAGAAGUUCCACUCUCAGUUGGCGCUGCUCUACACAGAGCGUGUGUUGGCCCUGCUCUCCCAGCCCUCCUCCCCAGCCCAGGCCCUCAGCCAGGCCCGCUCCAAACUACAGCGCCUGCUCAAGGAGUCCACCCUCUACCGGGUUCAGAUGCUACUAGGGAAGAUAGACGGCGUGGAUCAGCUGCUGGUGGAGCAGGCCACCCUGCGUGGCCGUCUGGGGGAGCACGAGCGGGCGCUCCACAUCCUGGUGCACCAGCUGCAGGACCGCUCGGCCGCGGAGGACUACUGCAGCUGGGCGGCCACCCCUCAGGAGCCCGCUCUGGGCCAGCAGCUCUUCCACCUGCUCCUGGCCACCUACCUGGACCCUGACGUCCCGGGGGGGGUGGACAGCGUGGCGGCCGUGGACCUGCUCAAUCGCCACGGCAACAUGUUCGAUGCGGUGCGCGUCCUGGGGAUCCUCCCCGAGGGCUGGUCCCUGCAGCUGCUCCGCCCGUUCCUGACCGCGGCCGUCCGGAAGAAUGCCCACGAACAGCGCACUGCCCAGGUGGCUCUGGGCCUGGCACGCUCGGAGAACCUCCAGCUCCUGCAUGACCGGCUCAAGACCCGCGGAGGCCCGGUGGUGGUGUCGGAGAAGAAGGGAUGCCAGCUGUGCCACAACACCUUCAGCGAGCCCGACUGCGUGUGCCUGCCUGGCGGCGUGCCCGUCCACACACACUGUGCCGCCCAGCGUCUGCGGGACUCCCCCACCAAGAGGCGCCUGGAGAACGGCAGCGACCACACAUGAGUGGGCCGGCCCCUGGGUGCGUGGAUGUAAAAGGAGCGUGUGGGGGGGGGGGGGAGCGUACAGGCUGGACAGGACAGGAGCGUGUGGACCCCCACAGCCCACCCAGGCCCGAGUCCUGGCCACAAGGACCCAGCUGAGGCCACACUCCCUCAGCCAUUGCCUUGAAACUGUGCCCUCUCGAAGCAAAGCUACUUUUUGUUCUCGUGUGUGUGUGUGUGUCUGCGAGUGCAGGAGGAGGAGGAGCGAGCCAGAGAGAGUGCAUGAUUGAGUGAGUCUGAAGUGUGUGUGUGUGUUUGUAUGCUAUUUAUUUCCAUCUAGUUAUCUGUGCACAGUAACACUUCACACCAGAAAAGCAACAGCUGUCCUUUUUUUAAAAAAAACAAAAGGACAAAAUGGCGAGUCACUUCACUGAAGAGAGACAGACCCCCUCCCCUCCCCAUCCUAAGACUUUUGCCAUGAACUGAUGUGAAUCCCUAAGGGCUGUUGGCUGUCUAGGUCAGUUGAAGAGUAUGUGGUAACAGUGGCUCUCUGAAGAGAGAAGUCUCACCAGAAAGACUGCAAAGGCCUCCAGUCUCCAGACGGCCCAUGUCCUGCACUCAAAUCUCCAUCCAGGUUUCAACAUCUUCUGUGAGACAGUCUGUAGCACUCAUCAAGGACUGCAGAAACAUGGAUGUGUCACUGUACGAUUUCAAAGGUCUGUCAUAUUUGCCACCAUAACCUGGAUUUUUGUUGAAAGAAAAUGCAAUGCUAGGUCUUGUUGGUUGCUAGUGGCGUCUACUCUUUGUGCUUUGCUCCAUCUAAGGUGUAGGCUUUACCAUUACCACAGCUAAACAAAACACAAACAACAACAUGCGUCACCAUACUGCAGUGGUUUAUGCAAGAUAAACAUGUUCUAGUUCUUUUCUUAGAGGAGCUAUGAUGAGCACAAGCCAAGGACACUGUUACUAAAACACCCUGAAAUCUUUGCUAGCCUCCACUCUGCGCUCUUUUCUCCCUCUCUCUCUUUCUCUCUUUUCUCUCUCUCUCUCUCACUCUCUCCGAAACCACAUAUCGCCAGUCUUUUCUCUCGCGCUGCAAAUGUGAAGACCCUGUGAGAUGUUUCAAAUGAAGUGAGUGGUCUCAUACUUUUCUGUGAAGGAAACAAGAUCAGACUUUUUUUUUUUCUUCUCUAUUACAGCCUUGAUCAAAGCCUUAUAAUUGUUAAGAUUAUGUGGGGACUUGUAAACAUGAUAUGUAGGCAGUUCCACUGGCCAUCUAGUGUCACUCUUGUUUUGUUUAGCCAUCUACCUGUGUGUGUGUGUGUGUGUGUGUGUGUGUGUGUGUGUGUGUGUGUGUGUGUGUGUGUGUGUGUGUGUCCUAAUCUGCAUUUGUUGUGCUGAUGUUUGCAGUGCUGUGAGGUGGUCUUUUAGGAAUCACAUUUAGAGAUCAUCUCAUCAUGUGGAGGUCUUCCAGGGUCGGUGGCGAGGUACUGCAUCAUUAUUUCUUUGGAGAUCUGACUUCAAGAAGAGAUGGAAAUAUGUCAGUUUACAGAAACUCCACAGGGUUGGAGGAAAUGUGGAAAGCACACGUAAUACACUGCCUAUAGAUUCAGCCCAUAACCACUGCAGGACAGGAAGGCCACUGUGGCCAGCACUAAGAGAUCACACGCCCCCUGCUGGACCUGUGUGGCAUCAGUGUCUACAGGAAGCAAUGGAAACAUCACCUCAUCAAAAUCAAAAUGGCAUCAUCCUUUGGCACCCGUUUUAGUGAUCUGGCCUUUGUUGAUGCAGUCAGUUUGUGCAUGAGCUAAUCCACUUCUCAGAUUUAUUUGAGGGAUUCCACUAAAUUGGUGUGAUUGCUGCUCUUUCAAAUUGAUUUAUUUGAGGGAUUCCACUAAAUUGGUGAGAUCACUGCUCUUUCAAAUUAUAUCUGUGUUCAAUUUUGAAGAAGUUAAUGCCUUGGAUGUUUUUGAAAUAAAAAAUUAGAUUUUUCAGUUCCUUAAGUUGUUGAAAAUAUGGCAAGCCUCAGUUUGUAGAUCUUGGGUUUGACUUGUACAUUGUGUACCUGUCAAGUCCUGCAGAGAUGUUAGCCUGGUACUUACAUAUGAAACUGUUUUCAAAUCCUUAAUCAGUUAUGGAAAAAAAAGAGAAAGCCUAUGACCCCUUUAAACCUAGCCCUCAAAGUACCUACAUUGCUAUAUCUUUAUAUCUUCAGAAGUAUUUUAUAAAUAUAAAUACUGGUAUGUAAAUAUUGUAUUUAUAACUGUCGCUUUGUAAAUCAUUGCCAAUGUGGGUGGAAUGUACAAACUGUAAAAACGUCCAUUUUAAUAAACAUGAUAAUGCUUAAA